UCUGCUGCUUUGUCCAAAAUCUCAGAUCUCAUCAGGACUGAGGAUGAUUUGGUCACGAUCUCAGACCUCAGGACCCAGUUGGUCAACGAAAAGUCCUCCAUCGACAUCCAGUUGAAGUCUAUUUUCCAGAAGCAGAUCCAGCUCACCAUGAAUGGCUUGAACAACUUGGGUAGGGCCCAAAGCUCGAUCAAUUACUUGAACUCCAAUUUCAACAGGAUCUCCAGGAUCUCGCUUGAAAACAUCAACUCCAUUGAGAAGUACGAAUUGAUCAACAAGAUGAACAACAUUUAUCAGUUCUUCAACAGCGUCAACAGCAUUUACAACAAAAUCCUCACCUUCAAGGACAGUUGCGAUCACAUUAAUGGCCUCAUCAACCAGGACUUGAGCACUAUAGUAGAAGACGACGAGGCAGAUAUCGAGAAAAACAUCAUCACCGAUGUAGGCGACCUCUUUCCCAACCUAUUCAAGAUCCAUUUCAAUUUGACAAAGCUAAGGGACUUUAAAGACCAAUUAGAUGACUACUCUUUGAACCUAUCCUCUGAUUACAAAUUGUUGAUCUUGAAGCUAUUCCAGCCACUAGACUUUAUCAUAUUGAAAUUCAAUAAGUUGCUAAAGGAAAUCAUCUCUGGCCUAUUGGAAUCCUUUCAAGUUCAAAACUACGAAUUGAUAAUUAAACUUUUCAAAAUUAUUGAAGUGGAAGAAAAAGAAGACUUAAAAAUUUCAUGCAUUUUGAAAAUUAUCGACCAUAGAGCUCAUGAAUUAUUGAAAAAAAAUAUGGAAGAAAAUGGUAUCAAGUAUAUCAAUGCCACCAAAAUUAUAGAAUCUCACAAUGAUCACAUUAAUGGAAAAACAAACAAUAACAAUGACAAUAAUUUGCCAAUUGCUCCUAAAUUAACUUAUCAACAACAACAAUUUUAUGAUAAAAGUUAUAAACAUCUCAAAAUUCAAAUUCUAUCAAGUAAUGUUACCUCAAGAAUGAAAAAUAGAAAUUAUUUAAAAUUUUUCUUUCAAAAUUUGGAAUCCUCAAUAAAUGAAACUUUUCAAAACUGCCAAGAUCAUUUUUUCAAUAUUAAUUCAAAUAAUAACACAUUUGAAAUUUUAAAUAACCUAGAUUGGAUUAAAAUCGAUUUAUUAAGUGCUUAUGGAAUACAAAAUAAUUUAAAACCUCCAUGUCGUUGGAAUUUUUUCAAUAGGAUUUUUCAAAUUUAUUAUGAUAAAUGUCAAACUAUUUUAUCAAAACUAAUCGAUAUGGAACCUGAAACUUUAAUUAUCUUAAAUAUACUAGAUUUUGAUAAAGAUUUCACUUCUUUCUGCAAAAAUGACUUGAAUCUUAAAAAAAAUGAGUUAAAAUCAAUCAUUGGAGAAGAAACUAAAGAAAAAUUAUUAUCCGAUUAUUUGGAUUUAAUCAUCAACAAGAUGAAUGAUUGGAUGAAUAAUUUAAUAAAAAAUGAAAAUAAAACAUUUAUAGAAAGAAAAAAUGCUCCAGAAACAGAUGGUGAGGGAUUUUUAGGUUUAGAAGGUUCAAAUAUUGCUGCUCAAAUGUUUAGACAACAAGCUGACGUUGCAGCCGGUUCUGGUCAGGGAAAAAUUUUAUCUGGUGUUGUUGUCGAUUUUUGUAAAAUUUUAAUUAAAAGGCAAAAUAAUUGGUCAAAUAUUUUAAAGGAUGAAGUAUCGAAAUUAAUAAUGGUCAAUAAUCGAGAAACUAAAAAUAAUAAUGAGGAUGGUGAAACAAAUCCGGAAGACGAAGUUCCUGGUGGUUUAAUUGAAUAUAUUAUUGCACUUGGUAAUGAUCAACUAAGAGGUGCAGAUAUGAUUGAAUCAGUUCGCAAUAAAUAUGUUAAAAUGGUUUCCAAGAAAUAUCAAGAUGAAAUGGAAGAAAAUUUAAAUCUUGCUUUGGACGGUUUUAUAAAUUUAUCAAAACAAUCGUUAGAAGCAAUAAUUUUAAUUAUGUUUGAUGAUUUGAAACCACCGUAUUCCGAAAUUUUCACUAAAAAAUGGUAUAAUGAAAGUGGAACUGAAGCCCAACAAAUUGUUAGUACAUUAUUGGAAUACAUUGUGGAUUUUAAAACUUUUAUCAACCCAAUUUUAUUUGAUAUUAUAAUUGAAGAUAUCAUUGAUGAGUUAAUCUUGAAAUAUAUUCAAGCAUUGAAUAAUCAAGAUAACCAUUCAUUUUCGAAUGGAAAUGAGAAAAAGAAAACCAAAAACAUUGAAAAAAUUAAGUUGGAUAUUGGAAUUUUUUAUAAAUCAUUAAGUGAAUUUUAUGGGGAUUUACAAAAUAAAUUCCGAAUGUUUGAAUAUUUAAUUGAUUUUAUAUUUUUAGAAGAUGUGGAUGAAUUGGUUGAAAAAUUUAAAGAAUUGGUCAAUGACUAUAAUGAUAUACCACUUGAAUUCAUGAAACAAAUCUUAUAUAAUAAAAAAGUUGAUGUGAGAGACCAAGAGUACAUUUUGGGAGAAUGUGAU